GGCAGCGGAGAGGGAACAUGGCGAGCGUAGGAAACGGCACGGAGGAGAGCGGCGGCGGCGGCGAGGAGGAAAACUUCGAAGAUGCCUAUGAAAACAUCCCUGUGGCAUCCAAGAUGGAUCUCAAGUGUGCUCUGGAAGAAUGCUCAAUGGCACUGAACUUAUUUCUAAAUAAUAAGUUCUCUGAAGCACUGGAGCUACUUCGUCCAUGGUCCAAAGAUAGUAUGUACCAUGCACUUGGAUACAGCACUAUUUUAGUUAUGCAAGCUGCAAUGACCUUUGAACAGCAUGAUAUACAAAUGGGAAUUUCUACAAUGAAGGAUGCUUUGCAAACCUGCCAAAGAUUCAGGAAAAGAAGCACAGUGGUGGAAUCCUUGUCCAAUCUAGUUUCUAAACAGACGGUGGAUCAGUUGAGUGAAGAGGAAAUGCAUGCUGAAAUCUGCUAUGCUGAAUGCUUAUUACAGAAAGCAGCUCUCACCUUUGUACAGGAUGAAAAUAUGAUCAACUUUAUCAAAGGUGGUCUCAAAAUUAGGACUAGUUACCAAAUAUACAAGGAAUGUCAUCAGGUGCUACAGAUGACUCAGGGGAACAAAAGCAAAAAUGAAACAUACUACCAGUUUGAAGGAGGAGUAAAACUUGGAAUUGGAGCAUUCAACUUGAUGCUGUCACUUUUACCAGGAAGGAUCCUCCGACUUCUAGAAUUUAUUGGAUUUUCUGGCAAUAGGGAGUUGGGCCUCUGCCAACUACGGGAAGGCGCAUCUGGCAGCAGUUUGAGGGCCAUUCUGUGUACUUUCACCCUGUUGGUUUAUCAUACUUACGUCUCCUUAAUCCUUGGUACAGGGGAAGCCAACCUUCAGGAAGCAGACACUCUUCUCGAGCCCUACCUCCAUAAAUUUCCAAAUGGUUCCAUUAUUCUCUUUUAUGCUGCCAGAAUAGACAUACUGAAAGGAAAUUUUGAAAAGGCACAAUUGAGGUUCCAAGACUGCAUAGCAGCCCAGCAAGAGUGGAAACAGAUUCAUCAUCUUUGUUACUGGGAACUGAUGUGGUGCUACACCUUCCAGCAGGACUGGCUUCAAGCAUAUCGGUAUGCAGACCUGCUCAGCAAAGAGAGCAGGUGGUCUAAGGCAAUAUAUGUAUUCCAGAAGGCAGCUAUUCUGUGUAUGCUUCCAGAGGAUGAUUUGAAGAGGACUGGUGAGGACAUAGUGUCUUUAUUCAGACAAGUGGAUGGUCUAAAGCAGAGAAUUGCAGGAAAAUCUAUCCCAACGGAGAAGUUUGCAGUAAGGAAAGCUCGACGCUAUGCAUGUCCUGAACCAGUGAAGCUGAUACUACCUGCCUUGGAAAUGAUGUAUGUCUGGAAUGGAUUUGCAAUUGUGGGCAAAAGAGCAGACCUCACUGAAAACUUACUGGUAACAAUUGAAAAAGAAGAAACUGCUCUACAAAAUGAAACUAAUCACAAUGAAUACUAUGUGGAUGAUGUGUGCAUGUUGCAGCUACUGAAAGGCCUCUGCCUGAAACACUUGGGAAGACUCAUGCAAGCUGAAUUAUGUUUCAGUAAAGUAAUUCAAAGUGAGAAGCAAAUAAAAUAUGACAGUUACUUGGUGCCAUUCACGCUGUAUGAAUUGGGUCUUCUGUACAAACAACAGGAUGAGAGAGAAAAAGCAAUAAGAUACAUAGAAACUGCAAAAAACAACUACAAGGAAUACUCUAUGGAAUCCAGGUUGCACUUCAGAAUUCAUGCAGCACUUGACAGCUUGAAGGUGUCACCUGCUUCAACACCUUAAAAUGAGGAGGGAUGCUUUUCAUGCAAACAAUAAAUAGCCUACACAAUCUUUUUGCAAUCUUUUUUUAAUCAUAGAGAAGAACAUAAUGAUUGUUUUCUGUCACUUUUGAUUUGAUGUAUGUUAUUCCUUUAGAAGCUUUCUCUAUAGCACCUAUACUGUAUCUACAUGCUGUUUUAAAGAAGACCUUAUAUUUUGUUUGAUAAAAAUAAUUUAAUAUUUGACUUGAAUGGGGGAUAUUUUUAAAACAAAGGUGAUGGUGCAAUAAAGUUUAAUGAAAAUACUUUAUUUUUUUUAUAUAAGAACAGAUGCAGGUUAUGCAGUGGAGCUGGUGAUAAUUUCUGAAUUUUUUUGAAAGUUUGAAUUUCUGCAGUAUGCUUGAGACUUUUUUUUUCCCUCUGGAACAAAAAUGCAAUGUCUGCAGAUAACCUUACCCACAUUUUUUGGCGUACCAUACUCUGAAACUUGUGUUCCAGAGGAAAGAAUUAGUCAUCUUUGACUUAAUUUCAUUUUGGGAACAAAAUGAACUUGUCUGAAGUGCAAUAUUUUUACUCUGUCAGAUGAAGCUAAGAGGGCUUCAGAUGAAGCUGAACAGGGCUAUAGUUAUAAUGUCUUUGCAGGUCUGUUUCAUUCAAAAGAAGUGCUUACAGGGGAUAUUUUUCACUUGUAGAAAAGCAGAGCUACAAAGGACAUUAUGUCCUUAUUCUAAAGUAGAAUCAGCAGUCUUAAGUUGAUCCUGACAGAUUUAUUUCACCUGUUUAACAAAAAAAAAAAAAAAAAAAAA